AGCUACAGGAGUAUGUGGAUGAGAUCAACGAGGAGGCGGAGAAGCUCGAGGAGACGGUGUACAAGCUGCAGAGGCAGCUGCAGCUGAGAGACGCCGAGGUCCAAGAGCUCUCACGUUUCAAGGCAGGCGUGUUGGAGGCUGAGAGAUCCCAGCAGCACUUCCCCCCUCCGCACUCCCAGCAGCAGCAGCAGCAGCAGCAGCAGCAGCCGGGACAGGGCAUGCAGAGGGGGGGGUCGUUGAAGCGAGAGAGGGAGCGUGAGCGGGAGCGGGACAGGCGGCAGGGGCAGCCGCAGGGGCAGGGUAUGCAGGGGUCGCAGGAAGGGUCCGAGGCUGAGGAUCGGGACGGGCAGGGGUUUGUGCGGGAGGGUCGGGAGCGGCAUGGGUUUAGGCGGGAGUUUAGUCGGCAGCUUUCGGGGAGGCAGCACCGGGGGCAUGAGGAGGAGGAUGAGGAGAGGGGCUCGUAUGGUGAGGAGCAUCAUAGGAGGAUGCAUCACCAUUUUGGGGGGAGGGAGAGACAGAGGGAGGGGUCGAUUGGGGGUGGAGGGGAGAGUGGUGCGUAUGGAGGGGAGAGGAGAGAUGGGAGAAGGCGGGAGGGCAAGAGGAGCUGGAGGGAUCGGUCGAUGGAGAGGGAGAUUGAGGGGGAAGGGAGGGGGCGGCGUGCACCUUCUCUCAGUCCGUGA